AUGACAAUCUUGUCGUGGAGAGGAGAGUAUUACUUAUAUGACUUUCAGUGGCGGUCUGGCUUGGCUUGCCAGAUAACUGGGGCUACUUCAUUGCUAUCCAGUGAGGUCUCUCUGAUGCUGAUGGCUUUGAUAUCUGCAGACCGACUCAAGAACAUUGUGUUCCCGUUCAGAGCUGCAUACCUCGCCAUAUUCAUAAGCAGAGUGCAGGUCAAAAACCAAUCAGCCAACACAAGGAGGGAGACAGGUCUUGCCAAAAGAUUGUUCUUCAUCAUCUUCACUGAUUGUCUCUGCUGGAUGCCAAUCAUCGUGUUUGGUCUGAGGUCGGUUUUGGAAAAGAUGUACAAAACCCCGGGAGAUCUGGCCGUGUGGAUUGCUGUGUUUGCUUUGCCCAUCAAUUCAGCAAUAAACCCGAUUCUGUACACGUUAGCAACACGGAAGGUAUAGAGUAACUUUUCCUUUUCAUGUUUAAACUCUAAG